GCCUGCUCUUGUGCAUUCGAGCACGACGAGCAGAAAGCGCGCUGAGGUCAGAAAGAAAAUUUAGGCCCUUAGGCUUGGUAGGUGCCUUCUCCACUUUCAAUUCACAGCCUGAGGAGGCCCCCAGACGCAGAAGCAUGGAGGUCGAUCGAGCUGGAGACGACAAUGAGUUGGAGGGAAGGAGCCGCAGGAAGAGAGAGAGGGAACGCCACGUCUCAGGCCGAGGUGGCGGAGAAAGUGUGAGCGAGGCAAGGAACGGGGUAAGGGGCAGGGAGGAGGGAGGUGGGGGCAUGGCCGCGGACUUGUUGGACGGGUUACCGCGUAGGAAGCAUGACCCUGAUGCACGUAGCGAUGGGGCCCGCUCAGAGAAGCAAAACCGGGCGUAUGCUGAUCCUGAUGCAGUGCCUGCUUCUCCGCCAGAUCACAAGAGGAGGAAAGAGCACGGAAGGGAACGACACCACCGUGCAAAGGAAGGGGAGGGAGAGGAGCAGAGUACAGAGCGGCGAAAGGAUCAUGACCGCGUCAGAAAGGAGAGCAGACGAGAGGAAGGUCGGGAAGAUGAUGGCAGGAAGAGGGAGGGCGAUGGGAGAGAGGGCGAUCGGGGCCAGAACAAAGAGCGAUCAAGGAGGCCGUCACCGGAGGAGCCCGAGGGGAAGAGGCUGAAGGUGGAUGAGAAAGAGCUGGACAGGGGCCGAGGAAAGGAGAAGGAGACGGAACGAUACAGAGAGAAGGACAGGGACCGGGAUCGAGAUCGAGGGAGGGACAGGAAUCAGGACCGAGAGAAAGAGAGAGGCAGGGAGAGGGACGUGAAGCGCGAGCGGGAAGAGGAUCGUGGGCGCGAAAGGCGCCGCGACGAUGAGCGAGGGCGCGGCCGGGACAGGGAAGACGAGCGACGGCGCCGAACUCCGGACGCGCGCGAGAAAGACCGGGGCAGGGACAGGGACCGGGGCAGGGAUGAGAGGCCGCACGAGAGCAGAAAGCGGGACGGCGAUCGGGAUGAGGGCGAUGAUGAGGCAGAGCGAAAGCGGCGGCGGCAGGAGAAGAUCAAGGAGCGGCUCGCGGAGCUGAAGGCGGGCAAGGAAGGGGGUAGGGAGGCAGAAGAGGACGAGGAGCGGCAGCGGCUAGAGGACGAGGCAGAGAAGCGCCGCAAGAGGGUGGAGCAAUGGCAGGCCCGCCGGCGUGAGCAGGGCGGGGCGGAUGACCCAGCAGAGGCGGAAGCUGGCGAGGGGGCAGGCAAGGACAAGAAGGCGCCGCAGUGGACGCUAGACGGGGACUCGGACGAUGAGCUGCACGGCAUGGCAGACGAUGACGAGGACACCGCCAAGCAGCAAGGCACAUCUGACGCUGCUGCUGCUGAGGAGGUUGACCCGCUGGACGCAUUCAUGGCGGCGGAGGUGCUGCCCGAGGUGCAGAAGCUGGAGCAGCGCGAGGCGGAGGGGGCAGCCAAGCAGGAGGAGGAGGGGGCCGACGUUAAGAUGGAGCCCGAGUUAGACGAGAAGCCAGACUUUUUGCCCCCGUUGCAGCCAGUCAAGAAAGAAGAAGAGCAAGACUUCUUGCCCCCCUUGCGGCCAGUCAAGAAAGAAGAGGAGGAGGAGGCCGACGAGAAGCCACUGGUCGGCCCGAAAGCGGCGGUGCGGGGGGGCUUGCUGCCAAAGAAGGCGGGUGGCAUCGCAUUUGGGAUGCUGCGCGCUCAGGGGCCGGUGGGCAGGUUUGCAGCCAAUGGCGUUGGGGGCGGGAAGGCCAAGAAGGCGGCCCCGCAGCUGGGGCGCAUCUUGCCGGGCGAGGGCAGCGAGGACGAGGGGGGGUCGGGCGCGUCGGAUGAGGAGGCGGGGGGGUCAGACGACGAGGACGACAUGCUGAAGACGCUGAAGCGCGCGAGCAAGGUGGAGAAGAUGGGGGUGGUGGACCACAGCAAGAUCGACUACCCGCCCUUCCGCAAGGACUUUUACAUCGAGGUGAAGGAGCUGGCGCGCAUGACGGCGGCCGAGGUGGCGGAGUACCGCCACGAGCUGGGGGACAUCAAGAUGCGCGGGAAAGACGUGCCCAAGCCGCUCAAGGCGUGGACGCAGGCGGGCCUGUCCGCCAAGGUGCUGGACUGCAUCCGCAAGGCGGGGUGGGAGCGGCCGAUGCCCAUCCAAUCGCAGGCGCUGCCCGUCAUCAUGAGCGGCCGCGACUUCAUCGGCAUCGCCAAGACGGGCUCCGGCAAGACGCUCGCGUUCGUGCUGCCCAUGCUGCGCCACAUCCUGGACCAGCCCCCGCUCGCGCCCGGCGACGGGCCGAUCGCCAUGAUCAUGGCGCCCACGCGCGAGCUGGUGCAGCAGAUUCACGCGGACGUCCGCCGCUUCACGCGCUCCCUCGGGCUGACCGCGGUGGCGGUGUACGGGGGGUCCGGGGUGGCAGACCAGAUCGGCUCGCUCAAGCGCGGGGCGGAGAUCGUGGUGUGCACGCCGGGGCGCAUGAUCGACAUCCUGUGCACGGGCAAGGUGACGAACCUGCGGCGCGUGACGUACUUCGUGAUGGACGAGGCGGACCGCAUGUUCGACAUGGGCUUCGAGCCGCAGAUCACGCGCAUCAUCGGCAACACGCGCCCCGACCGCCAGACGGUGCUCUUCAGCGCCACGUUCCCGCGCAGCGUGGAGACGCUGGCGCGCAAGGUGCUGAGCGGGCGCGCGGUGGAGGUGCAGAUCGGCGGGCGCAGCGUGGUGAACAAGGACAUUGCGCAGAGCGUGGAGCUGCGGCCGGAGGAGCAGCGCUUCCCGCGCCUGCUGGAGCUGCUGGGCGAGUGGUAUGAGCGCGGGAAGAUCCUGGUGUUCGUGCACAGCCAGGAGAAGGCGGACGCGACCUUCCGCGAGCUGCUCAAGGCGGGCUACCCGUGCCUGAGCCUGCACGGCGGCAAAGACCAGGAGGACCGCGAGUCGACGCUCGCCGACUUCAAGGCCGACGUGUGCAGCCUGCUGGUGGCCACCAGCGUGGCCGCGCGCGGGCUGGACGUCAAGGACCUGCAGCUGGUGGUCAACAUGGACGUGCCCAACCACUACGAAGACUACGUGCACCGCGUCGGGCGCACGGGCCGCGCUGGGAACAAGGGCACCGCCAUCACGUUCAUCAGCGAGGACGAGGAGCGGUACGCGCCGGACCUGGUCAAGGCGCUGCAGCUGAGCGAGGCGGCGGUGCCCGCGGACCUCAAGGCGCUCGCGGACGGCUUCCUGGCCAAGGUGAAGGCGGGGACGGAGCAGACGCACGGGAGCGGCUUCGGCGGGUCGGGCUUCAAGUUCGACGCGGAGGAGGAGGAGGCGCGCAAGAGCGUGCGCAAGGAGCAGGCGCGCGAGUACGGCUUCGAGGAGGAGAAGAGCGACAGCGACGGGGAGGAUGACGACGGCGGCGUGAUUCGUAAGAGCGGCACGCUCGACGACGCCGCACAGCGCGCGCGGCAGCUCGCAGAGAGCGCCAAGGCCGCUGAGGGGGCGCCCGUGGCCGGGCCGUCGGCGGAGGCGCUGGCGGCCGCGGCUAGCAACCCCGCACUGGCGAUGGCGAUCGCAACGGCGCAGGCCAAGGCGGCGCAAAUUGCAGCGCAGCACGGGCUGCCGGUGGGGCAGCAGCCGGCGCAGACGCUGCAGCAGCUGACGGCGAACCUGAUGGCCAGCGCAACGGACGAUGCAAGCCGCGCGGCGGCGGCACAGGCGGCUAUCAAUCUGCAGGAGACGCUGGCCAAAAUCCAGGCGCAGGUCGGGGGUGCGGACACGUAUGAGGCGGAGGUGGAGAUUAACGAGUUCCCGCAGCACGCGCGCUGGAAGGCGACCCACAAGGAGAACCUGGGCCAGAUCAGCGACUUCACGGGGGUCGCCAUUACGACGCGCGGGCAGUACUUCCCCCCUGGGAAGCAGCCGGGGCCGACGGAUCGGAAGCUGUACUUGUUCAUCGAGGGGCCUACGGAAAGCUCCGUCAAGAAGGCUCGGCAAGAGAUCAGAAAAUUGCUCGAGGCAGCGGUGGCGGGCCAGUCCGCCCAGCCCAUUCAGCCUGGCAAGUACUUCUUGUGAGGACGUCCGUACGGUUUAAGGUAAAGUCUGCCCAGAAAGACAAUGUGUUGCGGAAUACUAUAGGGCAUGUGGUGACGUUGUUGUAUGGAUUCCGAAAAGCAGAUGCUUCUCGUUGGAGAUAUUAACUGGGUAAGGCCCGUGGGUGU